CGAAAGUACCGCAAGACCCGAAAGUACCGUAAGAGACAGGUUGGAAAAUUUGAAAACUCGUAAAAUUAGCUCUGAACGGUCGAGCCUUUGGACGCGCGUAUUUAAAUUGACAAGUGCAGUGCAUAAAAAUAUAACUGGAAAUUAAACAAAGCAUUGAAAUUCCAUUAAAAACAUGUUUCAGAGCUAAAGUUUCGUAAACAACCCUUCGUUAUUGUUAAAUAUUUAUACACACCACCGCCCGACCGCCGAUUCCCUCCCACGAAACGCACGCACGCACAUUACGUGUGGCGCCAAUGACAAAAACAACAUACACAUGUAAAGGGAGAAGGCAGCAGCGAUAACGAAACAAACGCAACAACAAUAACUAAAAUUAUUGAUACAGAAGCUGCAGUGACUCCCACAACAAUUGCCCCGCAGAUGAGGUGAACGAACUGCUGCACUGGUUAUCCCUCCAGCCCUAGCAUCCAGCAUCCCAGAAGCACCACCGGCUCUCCAGUAAUUAAGAGGCACUGCCGCCUCUCUCUAAUUGGGAGUUAAGAUGCCUUCGCUCCGUCAGAAGGUCACCACGUACUUUCGUCAAUUGAGUUUCAUUGCAGAGCCCCGCGAGGGUCGUCGUCGUGGCAAUGCAAACGACGGCGAUGACGAUGGCAACUUCAUAACCAAAUAUCUCGAGGGCCGCAUGCAACGACAAUUUGUGGAUGGCCCAGAGAUCUACAAUGGACUGAAUCCCACAGAGAUGCCAGUCCUGAAGUUGGGUGGCUAUGAGGCUGGAACCUGCACCAUCACUGCCGCCUGCACUGGGCCCGACGAGGGUUUGACGGGCAUAAAGCGCUCGAAACUCCAUUUGAGUGCCAGCUAUGCGGAUGACAUUGAUUUCAUUGACACGCAGCAGGAGAACGAGGAUUGCUAUGCCACCGCACGGGCUCCUGCCACAGCCACACAGCAAAGCACCUCCGCCACAAGGCUCACGAAUAAAUUUGGAAGGCCACAGGUGGGCGGUGGCGGUGGUUCGCGCAGGCAAAGCAAUGCGGGAGACCAGCAGGGAGGAACGGCUUCCACCUCGGGCAUGCGUUCGCGGAAAAACUCCAAAAGCAGCAUUGCAAAUCUCUCGGCAGCCGUGGCGGCUGCGGCUUCGGGAGAUGGCGGAAAGGCCAGCACUCCUGUGUUGUCGUCGCAGGAUCAGAACAACAGAAAUCUGUUGAAUGCAAAGACUGAGGCCUCUGCGGAUGCCAAUCCCCAUUCGGAAAGGGAACGUCUGCUCCGCGAGGCUGUAAGCAAUCAGGGUGGGUCGUCCUCCUCCUGCACAUCUCCUCCUGCGGUCGUUGCUGGCGUGGAGAACUGGCGCAUGGAAUGCGACUUUGCCUAUGGAAUCUCGGUGUCCCUCUACGAAACGAAUAUGCUAACGAAGGAGCCCAUGGGUAAUCCCAUUGCCGAUUGCUAUGGCAUGGUUGUGCGUGGAGAUUCCGCUGCAAUGGCCAUGGCAGAUGGCGUCAAUUGGGGCGAUGGAGCUCGUCUAGCCGCUCGCUCGGCUGUCCAUGGCUGUCUGGACUACCUGGAUCGUGCGGUUUUCGGACAGGCACUGGAAUGCAGGGCCACCACCACGCAGGAAGUGUUUGUCAGUCUCUUGCGCAGCCUGUGGGAGGGCCACGGCUGCAUACUGGAAGUAGGAGGAGCACUGUCCACCCUCACCAUUGCCGUUGUGCUGCCGCUGGACGGCGCACCCGGAAAGUAUGUGGUGUGCUCCUGCAAUGUGGGCGACUCCCUGGGCUAUGUGUACUCCAAGAAGCAUGGCGUAAGGGAGUUGACUCAAGCCUCCCACGACAUCAGCUCCAUGAGGGAUAUGCGUGAUGCACUGGGAGCCCUGGGCCCUGCAGACGGCAACAAGCCCGAGUUGAGUAAUCUCACAUUUACGAUGAGCUGCAUCGAAAGCGGGGACAUUGUGUUCCUCACAUCGGACGGAAUUAGCGAUAACUUUGAUCCGGUGGUGGGGAAAUUCGCCGAGGCCUGGACACCCGAUGUAAAGCUGCAGACAUCUGUGGGGAAGCCCUCGAGUUUGGCGCCCAAGCGGCAGAACAAGAGUGCCUCUGCGAUCUAUGCACGGCUCCAUCCCUCGACGCCACCCACACGGCCAGCGAGGCAAGUAAAGGCGGGCAGUCCGCCUAGCAAUGCGCCCAGUCGUCCGAAAUAUAUGCGGUCCCAGACGCUGAUUGAGCCACGCCAGGGACUGGUAACGCCAGCCGCUGUGACGACGGCACCGCAGCGCAUACCAAAGUCGAUCUCUGGAUUGCCGCUUGUGACAGGACCCCAACGGCAUGCUCUGACGCUGUAUCGCCUGGAAGAUCUCCUCAGCUAUGGCAUCAAUGGCACCUUCUCGCCCUGCGUUUCGGCGAGGAGGCUCUGCCACCUGCUUAUCGAUUUCGUGCGAAUGAUAACCUCUGCGCGCCGCAAGACCCUGGAGCAGCGAGAGCUCUUCUACAAGCUCUCGACGGGACCCGAUGGCGCCAAGCGGGAGGUGCAGCUCAAUCGAAUGCAGCAUCGGGCGGCCAGAAAGAGGGUUGUGGACAGCAGUGCCUUUGUGGCUUUGCCAGGGAAACUAGAUCAUGCCACUGUGCUGGCCUACACAGUAGGUGGAGGAGGAGGAGCAUCGGAGGGAAAUGGCAAUGAAAAUGAGGGAACGACCACGACGACACUUUCCCCCGUGCUACAAUCCAAGGAAUUUAAGGAGACGAAUUUCUAGACUGCAGAACCAGCUUUUUGGAUAUACUUUUUCUCACUCAUAUAUCUACACAUUGCUAUAUACAUACGUAUAGUAUACAUAUAUACACCCGAUAUACAUACAUAAAUAGUUAUAUAUUGUAUCUCUAUAUCUUUGAUAAUCGUAUUACGCUUUAAGUUUUGUUGAUUUUUAAUUUCUUGAAUAUUCGAAUGCUACUCAUUUGUCAGCCAUAAAUUUUGUAGCCAUUUAUUUGUACGACAGAAAUGCCUCAAAUGUUUUAAACUACCAAAAAAAGGAUAAAAACUGAACACAGAAUAAGGAAACACAAAAUGUAAAUUCUAUUUUUACACUCCCUAUCCCUCAUUCGUAAACCUUUUUACACCAACCCAACUGUUGGGAAUUGAAAAAUGCUUUAAA